AUGGUUUUGGAAGCUGGUUCAAAUCCAAUAGAAACAAUUAAACACCCUGGGGAAUUCGACACAAUGUUGAAAACAGUUUUAUAUCCUAAAGAUUUCUAUUCAGUCUCAGGUUGGAUACCCGAUGUUGGCGAUGGAAGUGUUUUAAAAGAACCGGUAAGAAACCUUGCAAAUGAUGCUGAUUUAGCUAGAGUGAGAGUUGUUGCUCGAAACACAAUGGAAAGAGUAGCACGAGCAGCUAAUCAUGGAUUCGAAAAACGAGUGCUUCAGUAUAAUAAUGUUGUUGAGAAUAAUAGGUGGGGUAAUUACGUAAAUUGGAAAUUAUAUCCUUUAUUCGGUCUGUUGGAACAUAGAAAAGUUUCCAUAGGGUUACCAUAUAAAAUUCAUCUACAAAGAGAAAUCAACGAUGAUAAGAUAUUCUUUGGAGAGAAUGGUUCAAAUGCAAAAUUAGAAAUAACGAAUCUCCAACUUUUCAUACCCGUAAUAACACCAUCAAUUGAAGUAGAAACGAAAAUAUUCAACUCGUUAACUAAAGAUAUUGAAAUAGCUUUUCUUCAUCGUAAUACGGUAGGUAGCAUGGCUUUAACUGGAGAAUCCACCACAUGGCCAAUCACUAACACUAUUAAACCAGCAAGAUAUUUAAUGAUUGGUUUCAAGAUCUUACCAGAUUCUCAAACGAAUAACAAUAAUAUCUUUAGAGUAGCAACGAACCAAACUCAAGAUCCUAUAAUCCAUAAAGUUCAAGUAAGAUUAAACAACGAUAUUUAUCCUAACCAACCUUUAACAAUUAAUCCAACCACAAAACAUGUGUGA